UCUAAUUAAAAACUUAGGAUAAAUAGUUUUUUCUUAACAUUUUGUCAUGAUCCUCAAGAUACUCCUUACUCUUACUUUAUACUGGAUAUAUUUAGUUAGAGUAAGAUGUGAAACGGUGCCAGUAGACUUUGAGAAUAAUGAUUAUUAUUAUUAUUUUCAUCUCUUAGAAGAUGUUGAUAUUGAAGAGUUUUCGCGGGCGAUAGGAUUCAAAUAUCAUAUGAAAGUAGAAUAUCUGGAUAACCACCAUAUAUUUUUUAUAGAAAAGGGUGUUUUAGAAGACGAAAUUAAAGAAAAAAUUGAGAAUUAUUUCGGUUUAGAAAAAGGAAGAAAUGCAAUAGAUGGGUUUAAUAGUGACAAGCUUUUUUAUUAUGAGAAACAAAAGUUGGUCAAGCGAGUAAACAGGGGUGCGAUAAGAGACGAUAUAUAUUUUGAUAACCAAGAUCUUUAUAAUGAUGAAGUUGUCAAUAAUGUUGAAGUUGUCAAUAAUGUUGUAAAAGAUCCGACGGGAGAUGAUCAGGCGGGAAAAUCAACGGAAGAUCAGGUGGAAAAUUCAACGGAAGAUCAGGCAGGAAAAUCAACGGGAGAUCUGCCGGGAAAUCCGCCGGUAAAUCUAACACAGAAGUUAGAGGAAAUUAAAAAACAAUUAAAUAUAAGUGAUCCUUGUUUUGAUAAACAAUGGUAUUUGUUCAAUACGAAAGACCCUGGUGUAGAUAUAAAUGUUACAGGUGUAUGGUUACAAGGGAUAAGGGGAAAAAAUGUAACAGUUGCCAUUGCAGAUAAUGGCAUAGAUUAUUGUAACCAGGAUUUGGCUCCAAAUUAUAAUGCUAACGCUUCAUAUAAUUUUGAUGAAGGAAAUUUCGACCCAAAACCUCAGAAGCCUGAUGAAAGUCAUGGUACUAAAUGUGCAGGAGAAGUGGCGGCCGCUAAGAAUACUCUGUGUGGGCUUGGUGUUGCAUAUGAAUCUAAUAUUUCAGGAAUACGAUUUUUGACUUCUGUUUAUGCGCUUUUUCUUGAGGCAGAAGCUCUUAGUUAUAAACCGAAUGUUAAUCAUAUUUAUUCUUGUAGCUGGGGACCUCCUGAAUACGGAUCUUUAGCUAUGCCAAUGAUGCCUACUACUUAUUCUGCAAUUAUUAAAGGGAUAAAAGAAGGAAGGAACGGUCUUGGCUCUAUAUAUGUUUUUGGAAGCGGAAAUGGUGGAUUAUUGGAUGAUUGCAAUUACGAUCCAUAUGCAAAUAGUCCAUAUACUAUUACUAUCGCUGCUAUAGAUUCAGAAGAUAAAAAUUUUUAUUUUUCAGAGUCAUGUCCUUGCAUUUUGGCUUCUACAUAUUCUGGCGGAGAAAAUGGAUCUAUUUAUACUACGGAUAUUGGUAAGACAAAUUGCACUACUGAACAUUCUGGAACUUCUGCUUCUACAGCGAUUGCUGCGGGUAUUAUUGCUCUUGUUCUUUCAGUGAAUCCUAAUCUUACAUGGCAUGAUAUUCAAGCUUUGAUUGUGGAGACAGCUGUUCCAUUUAAUUUGAAAUAUCCUGGAUGGGGAGAACUUCCUUCUAAACGUUAUUAUAAUAAUUAUUUUGGUUAUGGAAAACUAGAUGCAUAUAGAAUGGUCGAAAGAGCAAGAACAUUUAAAACAUUAAAUGCUCAGACAAUGUUUUCAACUCAACUAAUACGAAUUAAUAUGCAAUUUCCUGGAACAACUAAACAUAUCACGAGCAGUUUUUAUAUUCAUAGUGGAUAUCCUGAGUAUUAUAACUUUAAAAAUUUGGAAUAUGUUGGUGUUUCAUUUCAUUAUCAACACCAAAGAAAAGGUCGUCUGGAGUUUAGUAUUACAAGCCCUGCAAAUGUUACUUCAAAAUUAGCACGUGUACGUAUUCGUGAUAAAGAAGGUGGCACUUUUUCUUGGGUUUUUACGACUGUAAAGCAUUGGGGAGAAUCCAUUGUAGGUAACUGGACUAUUGAUGUUGAAGAUAAAAAUAUGUGGAAUGAACAAAGUUCUAUUUUUAGUUGGCAACUUCAUUUUUUCGGAGAGUCUAUUAAUUCAAGUAAAGCACAACCUCCUCCAUAUCCUUUUGCGCAUAAACAACCAACUACUGCGCCUCCACCAGAUCCAGGUGCUACGCCUCCACCAGAUCUAGAUGCUAACCCUCAACCUCAACCAGAUCCUGGGUCUCCGCCUUCAUCAGAUCCUGAGUCUCCGCCUUCAUCAGAACCCGGGUAUCAACCUCCAUCAAAACCUGGGCCUCAACCUCCAUCAGAACCUCAGCCUCCAUCAAAACCAGAUCUUAACCCUCCAUCAGAUCCUAGCUCUCAGCAAGAUCCAGAUACUUCGCUUUCAUCAAAUCCAACUUCUACAUCUUCAUCAGAACCAUCACCACCAUCACCACCACCUGCUCCUGCACCUGCACCACCUGCACCACCACCGCCACCUGCUCCUGCACCUGCACCACCUGCACCACCACCGCCACCUGCUCCUGCACCUGCACCACCUGCACCACCACCGCCACCUGCUCCUGCACCUGCACCACCUGCACCACCACCGCCACCUGCACCUGCACCUGCACCUGCACCACCUCCACCACCGCCGCCACCACCACCUCGGCCGGAACUAGAACCAGAACCAGAACCAGAACCAGAACCAGAACCAGAGCCACAACCACCGCAGCCACAACCAGAGCCACCUGUACCUCCACCAAAACCACAACCACCACCACCACCACCGGAACAAAAACCAACAUCAAUAACUUCAUCUACAUCUACGACUUCAUCAAGCAAAACUAAAAUAUCAACCACUCGAAAAGCUUCAUCUACUAAAACUUCAUCUACUACAAAGACUUCUGCACGGCCAUCUCCUACUGAGGGUACUUUUACUGGAUCAAGUGCUUCUCAUCUUUCAUUCUUCGAAAAAAGGCAUUUGUUACUUCAAAUGAUAUUAUUAAAGCAGUCAGAAAAAAUAAGCAUUUCUGGAAAAUUAAAUACAUGUCAAACAUCAUUAGUCGAGUAUUCUUUAAUUAAAACUAAAGAUCAGAAGAAGUAUUGA